UUGAAGGUGAUAUCCGGUGUUGUUGUCUCUAGCCUGACAGCCGGAGUGAAGCUUUAGCUUCUCACUGACUGUAGCAAGUUGCUGCUGAUCGCUGGUGCCAACGCCCGGCGAAAUAGACAGCUAACGUUAGCUAGCGGAGAUACGGAGGGACAUUGCUAACGUUAUUAGCAGCAGGCUUGAAAAGCACAGAGAUGCAGACUAUCAAAUGUGUGGUGGUGGGUGAUGGAGCAGUGGGUAAAACCUGCCUAUUGAUUUCAUACACCACCAACAAAUUCCCCUCUGAAUAUGUACCCACAGUUUUUGACAACUAUGCAGUAACUGUAAUGAUUGGGGGUGAACCAUACACCCUUGGCUUAUUUGAUACUGCAGGUCAGGAGGAUUAUGACAGGUUACGACCACUAAGCUACCCACAGACAGAUGUCUUCUUAGUCUGUUUCUCAGUUGUAUCACCCUCCUCAUUUGAGAAUGUCAAAGAAAAGUGGGUUCCUGAAAUAACUCACCACUGUCCCAAGACCCCGUUCCUGUUGGUAGGCACUCAGAUCGACCUGCGUGAUGACCCCUCCACAGUGGAGAAGCUAGCCAAGAACAAACAGAAGCCAAUCACCCCUGAGACAGCAGAAAAACUGGCUCGUGACCUUAAGGCAGUCAAAUACGUCGAGUGCUCAGCCCUAACGCAGCGGGGACUGAAGAACGUAUUUGAUGAGGCUAUCCUAGCCGCUUUAGAGCCCCCUGAAACUCAAAGAAAGAGAAAAUGCUGUUUGUUCUGAUGUCUUCUUGCAUCUCGCUUUGCCUCUCGAUUGUUUGCUGCUUACUCAUUGUAAAGAGAUGUCUGUCACUAAAAUAACUACAACCACUCUUUUAAACUUUACAACUUUGUGCUCAUUAACUUUUUUUUUCCUUCUGUUUAUUCAACUUGGCCUAAUCACAACUGUCCAUGCUGCCUGAAAAAACAAGAGUGCCAAUCUUACGUUCUUCUUUCUUUUUGUCAGCAUCUUGUGUGCGAGUCUGUGAAACUGGACGUGACUGUUUUGUUUUUGUUGUUUAAAUUAACAUUCUGUUAUUCUCUCAGUAUUGAGCUCUUCGGCAUCAGUUGUAUCCUAGAAAGCAUUUAUGCCACAAUCUGUCUUAGACAGUAAUAACCUUUUUUUUCUACUGCAGCAUCAAAAUUUUCCAUGGGCUUUUGUCUUUACUCAGACAACCUGAUCAUGAAGGAGUCUUGUAUAAUGUUAUUUGAAUAAAGGAAAAUUUUGAUCGCCCUGCUCCAUUUCUAUUCAGCCUUCUUUUGCAAUUAGCUCCCUGAAGAUGUUAAUUUGUAUUUGGAACACAGCCCUGUUUUGAAUAUUAAUAUUUUAUUUCCACAGAAAGGAUUAAAGAAUGUGUUUGAUGAGGCAAUACUGGCUGCCCUGGAGCCUCCUGAACCUAAGAAAAGACGUAAAUGCGUUCUGCUCUAAGUUUCGUCGCAGCCUUCUCCACACCAGUUUCCAAAUCUAGGUUAACAGUACUGAAGAGGUUUGUUGCACAAGCACAUUCCAACAUGAGUUAAACUAUUAUGAAAUGUUUUCCCUCUGACUGACUUAACCUAAAUACAUAUUCAAUGUGUUGAACACAAUUUUAAGAUUGAGUAACAUUUGAUGCUGUUUGUGAUUAUUUGAUGCCACUGAAAUGGUCUCAAGUGACAAACAUUGAAUGGUUACAUCAAACUGAAGGUGACAUUGUUUAGUAACCUUUACAUUAUGUCUUGGAGUUAAGUGCUAUACCAAAAGAACUGACAAUGAAGUGGUAUUUUAAUAGAUCUCCUGUUUUAUUGACUGCCUUAAACACAAACAAGCUGAUAAUAUUUGGUUAGAGUGCUACUCCAAUGAUGUCUUAGUAUAUCCUACGUAUGUUUUGACCAGUAACAAAUUACUUGCUACUAGUAAUACAGUAGUACCAAGUAAUUCCCUUAAAGUGUAUGGUUUAUACUGUAUGUUUUACCCUAACGCACAGACCUGCAUGUGUGUUGCAUUGUCAUAAAACUAUUGUUUUCCAAUUCUUUAAGAAAUGUGCAUUUCUCAAAGUGUUGCCGUACUUAUACAUAAAUUCAUGUUCAUAGCCUCCGGGUGGUUCAAAGAAAUAUAUGACGUAACGUGACAUUUCUAGGCUAUGCUCCAUCAUAGUUCUAGUUUGCCAAAACAUAACCUGGUGAAUUGACACUUGUCAAAGAGGAGAUCCACAGGAGCUGACAUAUAAUGACAGAAAUGUAUGGAGUUUUUAACACAAUGCUAUCGCAAGUCACGAAUCACUUUCAAUUUAAAUAGCUACAUGCAGAAGUUGGAGCACAACGAUUUCCCAGUCAUUUACUUUUUGUGACAGAAGCUGAUAUGUGUCCUGACUGCUUAUCAAAAUAGCUGAACUUUGCCAGAGCAUUCUAGCCUGUAACCCCAGGCUAAUCAACUAUUUUGUAAACUGAACAUACUUGCUGCAGAAGUCAGUAACGCAUAGCGACGGCUCUUACAAAAUGCUAUACAUAGCUUGAAACCCUGUGAAGUUUUUUGAGUGACUGAACUAGCACUAUUUGCAUUUGUCUUUUACUAUAACCAUGCCUGGAUGAUGGGUUUGAAUUUGAUUUGUAAAUACAGUGAGAGUAACUCCUAACUUAUUGACUGAAUACAACGUGUGCAUCACUGAUGGAGUUGAGAUGAAAUCAAACUAACCAGGAACAUGUUGAGAACACGUUUCUUUGAUUCUUUGGUUUUUAUUCAAUUUGACAUCACAAUUGUACUGUAUCUUGCUUGUGAUAAAAGCAUCACAAUAAACCAGUAUUAUGAAUAAACCUAACUUCAAAUACUA